AUGAAAUUGAAGAAACAUCGUGAAAAAAAAAUACCAAAAGAUGAUACAUAUGAUUCAAAACUAUUAUCAACAGUAAAAAAAUAUCUUUGUAUUAUAGAAAAUAUUUGGGAUUUGAAAAAAAUACCAAAAAAGAAAAAAUCAAUCACAGAGCCAACAUAUUCACAUGAAUUUGUUACACAUUUAGUGGAUUUUUUAAAAGAUGACUUGCCAAACAUUGAAACAUCCUGGUUUAAUGUUGAGAGUACAGCAACCAAAAAUAGGAAUAAUUUAAUUGGUCCAAGGAGAUGUCCAGACGUUCUCUGGUCAUUGGAAAGUGGCAUUGAAGAAUUAAAUUUUGAAAUACUUUAUAUCGAAAUUUCCAAUGGGCCUUUUAAUAUAACUGAUAAACAUAUCAAAAAAGAUAAAAUACGAUUAGGGAAAUAUUGCAAAGAUUCACUUAAUUACAUUCAUAAUGAAUCUUAUUCUGUUUCACCUGAUAAAAAAACUAAGAUAAUAAGUAUCAUUGAUGGUGCAAUUUUAUUUUCUUUACAUUUUCAUGGCUUAUUGUUAGAUGUAUAUGCAGUAGAAAGGAGUUAUCCUCCACUUUUUAGAAUGAGAAAAAUUAUGGAAAUUGGACUACCUUUAAUAAAAGAUGAAAUUGAUGUUGAAAAAUUUGUUGAUUUUUUUGAACAACUUGAUUCAUUAAAAGAUUUGAUUAAAAAAAAUAUAAAGAAAUUUAGUAUACUAGGAGAUCUUAUAUCAUUGGAUCAAGCUAGUCGAGCAGUAGAUAAUAAUGACAGUGAUGUUAAUAAUGAUAAUAAUGAUAACAUUUAUAAUGAUGUUGAUGAAAGAAGAAUAACUUUUAAUAUGAAAACUUACAAUACUCCUCAAAGAUUGACUAAAAAUAAGUUAUCAAAAUAUUAA